UGCGGCGUCCACCUGGAGGUGAUCGUGGAGAAGCCGCUGCAGGUUUUCCACGUGGAGGUGGAGGUGAAGGACAUUAACGACAACGCGCCAGUGUUUCCAGCGACACAAAGGAAUCUGUUUAUCGCGGAAUCCAGGCUGCUUGACUCUCAUUUUUCGCUAGAGGGCGCGUCCGAUGCAGACAUUGGAGUCAACGCUCUGCUCACUUACAGACUGAGCCCCAAUGAAUAUUUUUCACUAGAAAAACCAUCCGAUGACGUCCGAGUAAAACGUCUUGGACUUGUAUUAAGAAAACUUCUAGACAGGGAAGAAGUCCCAGAGCUGUUUUUAGUGCUUACGGCUACUGAUGCGGGUAAACCUGAGCUGACUGGAACCGUUCAGUUACACGUCACAGUGCUUGACGCCAAUGACAACGCCCCAUCUUUCGACAAAACACUCUAUACGGUAAAAUUACCAGAAAAUGUUUCUAACGGAACAUUGGUAACUAAACUUAACGCUUCUGAUUUAGACGAUGGCUCGAAUGGGGACAUUACUUAUUCAUUCUCAACAGAUAUUUCACCGAAUGUGAAAUCCAAGUUCCACAUAGAUCCAAUUACUGGAGAAAUUACGGUAAAGGGACAUAUAGAUUUUGAAGAAAGAAAAGUCUAUGAAAUUCUUGUAGAGGGCAUUGAUAAGGGACAGUUUCCACUCUCUGGCCAUUGUACAGUGAUGGUGGAAGUUGAAGACACAAAUGAUAAUGCUCCAGAUUUAGAAUUCAAAUCUCUGUCACUUCCAAUCAGAGAGGACGCUCCACUGGGAACUGUAAUCGCCCUGAUUAGCGUGUCUGACCACGACUCCAGUGCUAAUGGGCAGGUGACCUGUUCCCUGUCACCUCAUCUCCCAUUCAAGCUAGUGUCCACCUUCAAGAAUUACUAUUCGUUGGUGCUGGACAGCGCUCUAGACCGCGAAAGCAUGUCAGAAUAUGCACUAGUGGUGACAGUUCGGGACUGGGGGUCACCUUCCCUGUCGUCCACAGCCAGCCUGUCCGUAGAGGUGGCCGACGUGAACGACAACGCGCCCGCGUUCGCGCAGCCCGAGUACACAGUGUUCGUGAAGGAGAACAACCCGCCCGGCAGCCACAUCUUCACGGUGUCUGCGCACGACGCAGACGCGCAGGAGAACGCGCUGGUGUCCUACUCGCUGGUGGAGCGGCGGGUGGGCGAGCGCGCGCUGUCGAGCUACGUGUCGGUGCAC